AUGGAACUCAUCCCGUCAGUUUUACUCAGAUUUCGGGAGAAGAAGAUUGGGGUCGUCUCUGAUGUUAGGAAGGCGUUUCAAAUGAUAGACGUACAGAAAUCCGACAGGGAUUAUUUGAGAUUCCUGUGGUGGGAGGACCCUGCCGGAAAGAAAAUUAAAAUUUACCGUCACUGUCGAGUUGUGUUUGGUGUUAACUGUUCACCCUUCUUGCUUGCAGCAGUCGUCGACAUGCAUCUAUCAUCAAUUGUGGAUGGACGACAAGAAGAAGCCCUGAAACUGAUGGGAGCACUAUACGUGGACAAUUGUGUCACGUCAGUCGACAGCGUGGACGAGUAUGAAACAUUCAAAGUGACUUCAACCAAGAUUAUGGAAGAAGCGAAGAUGGAGUUGAGACAGUGGGAAUGUAGUGUUGUGGGGGUUCCCGGAGUCGGCUCGCCUGCCAUGAGGGGGUGCGGAUUGGGAGACGGCAACACUGACACUCCACAGGAGUCAAGAAUACUCCCUACAACAAUGGUACUUGGUCUAAUUUGGGACAAGUAUGAAGAUACGCUGUCAUGUGACAUAAAGAUGGGCAAUCUCCCGGAUAAGUUUACCAAGAGGAGCGUGCUGUCCAUGGUUCAUAAAGUGUACGAUCCCAUCGGUUUCAGUUGUCCAGCCUUAAUAAAGCCGAAGAUGUUGUUACAGAAGGCGUGGGAGAGGAAGACCGGAUGGGACGAACCAUUACCUAUGGAGGAGGCGAAGGAAUUCAAGAAAUGGUGCGAGGAGCUACCUCACCUAAAAUCAAUUCACCUCCCACGGUUUAUGAAAUUAGAAAGUACACGUGUAUUGCAGAUGCAUGUGUUUUGUGAUGCGAGUCAGGAUGCAUAUGCUGCUGUUGUGUUUCUUCGCAGCGAAGUUGGGGAUCAAGUGGAGAUAAGCCUCCUUCAAGCAAAGGCAAGGGUGGCUCCUUUGAAGAAACCAACAAUUCCAAGACUCGAGUUAAUGGCUGCAUUAAUUGGGGUGCGACUUUGUGAAUCUGUCAAGAGUGCACUCAAUUAUGAGAACAUCCCCACUACAUAUUGGAGCGACUCAACCACCGUGCUGGCGUGGAUUCGAGGUAACGACAAUUGGGGGACUUUUGUUGGAAACAGGGUACGAGAAAUUUGCACGUAUACAGAUGCCAAGAAUUGGAGGCAUGUUCCUGGUCGCCUCAACCCUGCUGACCUGCCAUCCCGAGCUACAAUUCUGGAGAAUUGCUACAGUCAGGAUGAAUGUUGCAGUAAUUGGCUGGCAGCGUCGCUUGUGGAGAAUACUCGUGUACCGAAAGAAGACCGGAUCCUGAAGAAUUAUCUGACAGUCCAGGAAUUAAGAGAAGCUGAAAUAGUGUUGUUGAGAGAAGUUCAGGCAAGCUUCGUGGACAAAUUUCAGACUGGUGGCGGAGUGAAAGUUCAAAGAAUGGAAGAUGGACUUUUACACGUUAAGACAAGACUACUGAAUCGAAUUGAUUCUGAAGAGUUCAAGAUGCCAGUAUUACUUCCAAAAUCCCAUCCGAUGGUGCUACAAUUGAUUCGAGAUGCACAUCGGAACUAUUGUCAUGCUGGUGUUCAGUUCAUCAUGGGGAAGUUACGAGAGAAGUAUUGGAUCUUGCAAGCUAGGAAGACGAUCAGAAGUGUCAUCCAUAAUUGUUCCACGUGUAGAAGAUUCGAAUCAAAGAAGGUCGAGGUGGAAGAAGCUGCUCUACCAGAGAAGAGGGUCGCUGCGACCGAGCCAUUUCAGACGACAGGUGUUGACCUGGCUGGACCACCCUACCUUAAAGAUGGAUCGAAAGUGUGGAUCGUUUUGUUUACGUGUGCAGUGUUCAGAGGAAUACAUGUGGACUUGAUCACCUCCUUGAGCACAGAAGCAUUUUUGGAAUCUUUGGAAAGAUUCAUUUACCAAUGUGGACGUCCCAAUACAAUUUAUAGUGACAAUGGGACUAAUUUUGUUGGAGCCGUCAAUCUCUUCAAGUCACUGGAUUGGACCAAGAUCGAGAAAGAGAGUCAAGUGAAAAGAAUCCAGUGGAUCUUGAACCCACCCACGGGAGCGUGGUGGGGCGGAUGGUGGGAGCGACUUAUCAGAUCAAUUAAGGAUCUUUUGAAGAGGAUGCUAGGGCGAGCCAGGCUGACCUAUGACCAGUUGAGGACCUGUCUUUCUUCCGCAGCAGCCGUCAUCAAUAGUCGUCCACUGACAACCGUGAAUGAGGAUGAGGACGAUCUCAUUCCUUUGACACCAGAAGCCAACGAGAAGAAAGCACGACAACUUCAAGUUGGAGAUGUUGUCUUAGUCGGUGCUGAUAACAAGAAGCGUUUUGACUGGCCGAUGGGGCGAAUUUUGGAGCUUAUCCCAGGGAAGGACGGAGUGUGCAGAGUUUCGAAUGUCAAGACAUCGAAAGGAACGCUCAAGAGACCACUGCAACGACUCUAUCCAUUGGAAAUCGCUUCCCCCAAGGCAGCCGCGUUACCCAUUUCAAGACCCUCACUGGACUCCAAGAAGAAGAAGCAAGUCCAGAAUGAACCGGAAGUUGAUACUAUCGAUGAAGAGAUAGUGACCAAGUCAGGGAGGAUCUCUAAGAAACCAGGUAGUUCUUUUGCUCUCACAAAAGAAAGUGGGAGGAUGUUAAAUGUAAAAUAA